AUGAAGACAUCCAUUCUCCAGCUCGCAACCACCCUCGGUGUGGCUGCCCACAUCCUCGGCUCCGCUCUGGCUAUGCCGGCCUGCGGCGGUCCUCCUGCCGGUGGCUGUGUCUACGGCAGCUUCGACUCCACGGCCUGUGUGUGCCAGUGCAUCGGCCAGUCCGGUGGUGGAAACGGGUACUGCCCCGACCCCGUCACCGGUGCCUGCACUUGGUUCCACGACCACUACCACCUCGACCACAACCCCCAGCUCGUCCAAGACAUCGAGCACCACUACCACCUCGUCCAAGACAUCGAGCACCACUACUACCUCGCCCAAGACGUCGAGCACUACUACUACCUCGUCCAAGAUGCUUUCGCCGGAAUGACACCCACCGGCUGGGCGUCUACAUUCACCGCCGGUGACGUCCAAACGGCCACCUUUACCGUCUCGACAGCCCCGAGCGAUGUGGUCUUUGGCUCUUCGGCCGUCGUUAUCCACAGCGGCGCUGGCUUUCCCUACACCGCAACAUACACUUUCCCGUCUGCCAUCAACGCCAACACUGGCUCUUCCCCGCGCCUAGCUUUCUUUGGAAAGGGUGGUGCCGUGUCUCCUUAUGGCUGGCAGAACAACGCUCCUCAGGUCACCAUUACCGACUCUGCCGGGCGCCAGAAUGUGUACAUCCCCACGUCCAUUUUGCUCAAGAAUGAUAAUGUCACCUGGACACGCAUCGAAAUUGCCCUUGGCACCGCUGCCCCACCGGUCGGGUUCACGGGAUCCAUCAGCUCCCAAUUUGACUACACCCAUGUUGCCUCCAUCGGGUUCACUUUCGACGUUUGGGACUAUGGCUUCCAAGUGACCCUUAACGGAUUGGUGUUUGAUGAUAUCGCAUCACCUUGCUCGAUAUACGCCGAAUCAUGUCCUGGCGGUGCCAAUAUCGAUCCCAUCUCGUUCACUUGCCCUUGCCCCCUGGGAUACACUGGAUCAAACUGCGCCCAGUGCGCCCCAGGCUUCCAAGUCUCUGGCUCGGCGUGCAUCCUUCCAACCGACGGAACAUACAGCUACUGGCCCAACGCAGUUUCAUACACCAACUCAGAUGCCUGGCUCGCCAAACACCACGCCGAAAUCCAAUUGGUUCAGCCCAAGGUUCUCAUCUUGAACUUUGCCAACCCCACACUUGCGUCCCUGAGCUCGCUCUAUGGGGGCGCAUCCUACAAUGCGACGGCGCUUAUUAGCGACGUUGUCUUGGGCCUUUCGCUUGGCUCCAAGUUCCAGGGUUAUCUCAACCCGAAUGCGACGGCACAGUUUACCUAUCAAGUCCUCAACAUCAUUAACCUCCGUGAUGGUGAGGGUGGACGACCAAACCCUGCUACGCCGCCAAAGUCUGCCAACUCAGCUCUGUAUCCACGCAAUUCCGACGGCAGCUUCGACUACUCUGCCCUCUAUUCUUCGACUUUUGCCCCCAACUAUGGCUACUCCAACGGAAACGGAGGGUACUAUACGCUUUGCGACCUGUUCAACAACGGCAUCAUCAACGAGCUUUGGUUUAUCGCUAGUGAUGAGGGUGGUCUCUCGGAGUGGACCAAGCGCCAGCGACUUUUGAAUGACAGAGCGCUCUCGGAAGCACGAGUUGCCACAUGGGCACCAACUCGGCUGCAGGUCGGCUUUGUCAACUAUGCUCGUGGCCCGGGAUGCUACAUCCACAGCCACGGACAUGGAUAUGAGCAUUCUGGCGGCAGGUUGAGCACCGUACCAAAGUUCCAAGAGUGGCUCGUCGACUUUGCCAACUUGAACUUGGAUAUUCGAUACGGCGUGCCCUUCCAAAAUCAGUAUUAUGGAACCGGGGGUGUUCUGACGACAUAUCCGACCACAAGUUCCGCCGCCAUGACCUAUUUCGAUAACGCCACUUCAUCUGGAACUCAGUAUUCCAUUCCAACCUACGAUGCGCGCUGUGGCAACGUUCACUAUCCACCCAACGCCUUUGGAGGUUAUAACUACACUCAGGACACGCUUGUUCAAUCCUCGUGCCAAUACUUUGGCCAAACUCCUCCCGCCACGCUUCCGCUGGUCAACCAGCAGACCUGGUCGACCUAUGUCUCAGCCCAUCCCAACUUUGCUGACUGUGGCGGGCACUUCCUCAUCUGGUGGUACUCCAACAUGCCCUGGUAUGGGUCUGGAAAGAGCAGCCCGCGCGGCCCGAUGUUGAGCCCUGGUCCAUUCUUGUUCUAUUAG